AAAGUCAUUACUUAUGUAGUCGCUGUUGCAUUAGGACGGAUCCUUGAUAGCGUUAUAAUUAAAUUUAUAAAUUCAAUAGAUGAAGUAUUCAACAUUGUAGUAAAGUGUGUUAUUAUCUCCCGAUACCCUCAUAAUUUUGAAUCGAAGAACUCAAAGCACUCUCUCGAACUUUAGAGUGGAACGCAUGAACGCAGUACUGAAUUCCUUGUGUUAUCCAUCACCCGCUCUCUCGCUCUCCAAGAAGCAGCUGAAUUGCAUCACAUUGUAAAGUUACCUGGUUUGACUUGAUUUAGUAGGCGGUGUCUGUCGAGUGGAUGGAGCCCGAAACCGCCAUAAUGAAAGAAGCCUUCAACGUUAACAGUGAUGUGGCCGGAGCCAAAAGCAACUCGCAGGCAGACACUGAGGUCGUCUAUCCGCCACUAGUUAGGAAUAUGAUACUAAGGGCCAUGAGCGGUGUUUAUUUAGUGGCGUUUUUGAGUUUUUACGUUCAGGCGGACGGACUAUUCAGCAAUUCCGGUAUCCUCCCAGCGAAUCGAAUUCUCGGCAAUGGAACUAUCAACGAACGGCUCAACUUUCUUCAGCUGGCACCAUUGCUCGGACUAGAUACAGAAUCUGCAAUUGAUCUCUUCUGUUUAGUUGGAUGUGCCAUAGGAUUAUUCGGAUUUGCCUUCAACAAGCUAUGCCGUUUGCCAAACUUUAUCGCAAUGUGGGCCUUAUACUUCUCGCUGGUACAAAUUUCUCAAUCUUUCCGACAACAAUCGGAUGAUCUCUUGCUGGAGGCCGGUUUUCUGUGCAUACUUCUUGCCCCCGCAAAGUUAAGUGAUCCACGUGGUCCCAUCGAGAACUUAGCGUUGUUACUUAUGAAAUGGCUUCUCUUCCGAUUCGUGUUCGCAUCGGGAUCGGUUAAGCUCGCCAGCGGAUGUCCUUUGUGGUGGGAUCUCACAGGGCUGAAGAAACAUUUCGAAACUAUGCCACUCCCGACUUCGUACAGCUGGUAUACGUACCAACAGCCAGAUGGACUGCAUAAGCUUAGCACGAUCUACGUGUAUGUAAGUGAGUUAGUAUGUUCUUGGUUAUUUUUUGCUUCGAAUCAGAAAGUUCGAAUGUUUGCUCUUUGGUGGCAAGUUUUCCUGCAUUUAAACAUCAUAGCUAGCGGGAACUAUGGUUUUUUGAGUCUGAUCGUUAUGACCUUACUGUUGACUUUAAUGGAUGACAAAGAGUUGGUGAAAAGGAUGAAAAAACAGCAGACUGUAGAUGAAACUGGGACAUUUGCUGUUAAAGUGAUUGCAGUAUUAAUAACAUUGGGAACAUGGUUGCUUUUUGGAAUCAGCUUCAGAGAUGGAAUUUCUUUCAAACUCAAUUUCAACCAAUCCCAGUACUUGAACAUGAUGAAGGUCAUGGUUUGGAUAGCUCCAAUAGUGGUCAUUGUAUUGAUGGGGCAGUUAUUUUUGAAAUUGAUAAUCACACAAACAGGUGUUAAAAAUGUGAGCGACGGUGUACGUAAACUGACCGGAAACUGGGAACUUCUUGCGCCAACGGUAGCAGCUUUCACGAUCAUGUUUACCUCUAUUGUUCCUCAUACUCGAUUGGUACAACAAACAUCUUUAAAUUCUACGGUAUUUACGGCAUCAUACAAUGGUCUUCACAGCUUGCACAUAGUAAAUCAAUAUGGACAACACCUUAUUAAAAUGCGUCAAAAGCGCAUGGAAAUUGUUUUAGAACAUGCCAAUGAUUUGUCCGGUCCUUGGGAGGAGUACGGAUUUCAGUACAAGCCCUGGAACGAACAGGGCGCUAUGCCUUACGCCUGGUUAUACUUCCCUCGGUUCGAUUUCAAAUUCUAUGAUGCUUCAAGCAUGAAACCAAACACCCAGAAAUGGAUGUAUCCAAUGGUUCAAAGGAUGUUGCAAAAUCAUCCAAUCGUUUUAAAUCUUUUUGAUCAAGCUCAUCUUCCUGAUAAGGCACCGAAAUUUAUUCGGGCCUCGAUCUACCAGUUUAGCUAUACGUCUUGGUUCGGUGACAACAGCACGGCAUAUUGGACUCGAAACCGCAUUAGCGAUUAUUUUCCAGCAUUCUCCAUCAACGACGGAUUCCUGGAAACAAAGCUUCGAGAUGUCGGCGUUCCACAAACAGUUGCACCCUCACAAGCAUUGAAUCUUCCGCUUAAGUGGUUACUUAGUGCUUUAAGAAGUUUUCUUUGUUUAUUCGAUGGAUCAUUUCUUGUGUUAGGAGUUUUAGCAGCUGCACUCGCAAUGAUAAUCACACAAAAGAAGGAUUGAACCCGUGGUGAGUUAUGGCAGCCAUGUGAUGCAUAUACAUACAAACUGAAUACUAGUGUACUCUGUCGUGUUUGUCUGUAACGGAUACCGUAUUGGUGUUUCACACAAGAUGUAUUUUAACGUGAUUAAAUAAAGUCAAUUAGAGCGAACCGCAAUAGCUCGAACUGCGAACGAGAAUGGGGAUGUGACUGUUGUUUUCGAAUGGAUGAUGAGCCCUCAAACUACCCGCUUUGAAUUUUUGUGGUUUCCGUGAUGACAGGCGAUGAUUCUUUAAGCAACCAGGCAUAAUAGAAUCCCAUAAAAUUGUUAAAGAAUAAUUAUGAUAUUCAACUCUCCAAACAUUUGUGAUACUGUAAGGUACAUUCAAAUUUCUGUACUAUGAUAAAUUAGUAUGUUAAAAUCAAUUCUAUAAUAAACAUUGUUUUGAACAUAAA